AUGUGGUACAUAUUUUUUAUAGGAAGCUUAGCUGCUGCGGCCUCAACAACUGAACUCUACACACCACUUUGUAACGAAAGUGGUUUACCGGUGUGUGCAACGAAUGGGCAGAAGUAUCUUUAUUUCCAGAAUGAAUGCAAACUCAACGCUUAUAUUUACAAACAACUGUUCUUUGGGAGAAUAGUUCCAAUAAAAACGGACAUUGAAAAUUGUCUACCUAAUUGCGAUGAAAUUGUCUGUCCUAAGUUAUUUAAGCCAGUUUGCGCACAGCAAGUGCCUAAAGCAACUGUGAAGACUGUGCCGAACGCAUGCCUUGUGGAUCGACUGAUUUGCGAGACCAAGCAACACUGGACAGUUAUUGGCGAAGGGCCCUGCUCGCCAAUUCAAGCGCCGAAGUCUAAAAGCGGUCCGGAAUAUACAUUCACUUCUGAUGCCCAAAGUAAACCCGCCAAGCUUGUAUCCGCGUCAGCUUACGAUGCAUACGCAGAUCAAAAUGACGGUUACUCUGCAAGCGCUCCAACUUCUGAAACAGAUAGUGCUCCCGAAGAUGCGCUUACCUCUACUGAUAUAGCUCAAUUGUAUCAAGGCGCUGAGCUCGUUGCUGCCCCAGCACCUAGUUAUGCAACAACGCAAGAGACCACAGCAAUGUCAUCGUCAAAUGCAGAACAAAAUGAAGGUUGCUCGUCGCAGGCUUCAGCAUCUGGAAAAAACGAAGCGCAAGACCAAAGCUCAGCAUCACUUCCGUAUGCAGAGAACGCUCCUGUGGCAGCCGAUUAUAGUAAAACAGAGCAAUCUCCAGGUGAUUCUUCACCAACUUACAUAGUUUCAGAAAAAACCUUACAAUCUAUAUUAGCGUCUUACUUAGGCCAGAAUCAACUUUAUGUCGCCGAAGAUCCUGUGUCUGUAUCUUAUGUAGACCCAGAGCCAAGUGCGACAUCACAGCCAUCGUCAAACCCAGUUGAGGCUCCAGAUUAUGCCUCCCACUUUUCUGGUUCUGUUCCUUGCGCAGUUGCAAGUCCGGCUAUGGACUCUAACGCUGCUUCAGAGAAAAAUUCUACAUCAAAAUCUUACUCACCGGUAGUUCAGGACCAAGUGUAUGCUGCCCCAGGACCAGCUCCUGUAUCUUACGUUAUUCCUGAGCCAAGCCCGGCCCCACAGCCUUCGUCAUACACAGUCCAGGAUCAAGUAUAUGCCUCUCCAGCCUCUUAUUCCGCAACUUAUGGAGCUCCAAAGCCAAGUCCAGCACAACAAUCUUCGUCCCAAUAUGUUCCAGAUCCAAGUCCUGCACCAAAACCUCCGACAUAUGCAAACCAGGAUCCAGUUUUUGUUUUCGUAGCUCAUGCUCCUGUGCCUAACGUUGCCCAAGAGCCUAGUCCAGUACCGCAACCUACGUCAUACCCUGCCCAAGAGCCAAGUCCGGCACUACAGCCUUCAUCGUACGCAGCACAAAACCAAACUUAUGCCGCAUCAACUUCUACUUCUGCAACGAACAUUGGUCAAGUGAAAAAUAUAGCACUACAACCUUCGUCAUACUCUGAUCAAGGCCAAGCUUAUGCUGCACCUGCUCCUGCUACCUACGCUACUCCAGAGCGAUAUCCAGCAGCACAACCACCGUCCUAUGCUGAUCCAGAGCCAAGCCCAGCACCCCAAUCUUCAUCACAUGCAGACCAAGUUUAUUCCUCGCCAGGCUCUACUAACGUUGCUGAAGAGCUAAGUGCAGCACCACAACCUUCAUCAUACGCAGUUCAGGACCAACCUUAUGCUGUACCAGCUUCUGCUUCUGUACCUUACAGUGCUCCAGAGAUAAAUCCACAAACUUCGCCAUACUCUAACCAAGGCCAAGUUUAUGCCGAACCUGGUUCUGCUACUUACGCCGUUCCAGACCCACAACGUUCCUCCUACCCUGCUCCGGAGCCAAGUACAGCACCGCAACCUUCAUCAGCCCAGGACCAACUUUAUGCCACAUCAGCUUCUGCUUCUGUACCUUACAGUUCUCUAGAUGCAAAUCCAGCACCGCAACCUUCGUCAUACUCCGACCAAGACCAAGUUUAUGCCGCUUCUGAUACUCACGCUGCUCCAGAGCCAUGCCCAGCACCACAACCAUCGUCCUACGCUGUUCCAGAGCCAAUUCCAGCACCACAACCGUCAUCAUACACAGCCCAGGAUAAAGUUGUUCCUGAGCCAAGCCCUGCACCACAACCUUCAACAUACGCAGUGCAGGACCAAGUUUAUGGAGCUUCUGUUUCUUCCACCGCUCCACAGUCAAAUCUAGAACGGCGACCUUCAUCAUACUUAGCACAGGACCCAGUUUAUGCCACACUAGCUUCUGCCACUUAUCAUGCCGACCAAAGCCCUUCACCAGCUUCCUAUUCCCAUGUGGUAUCAGCAGCGUCUUCUUACGAAACGUCUGAAGCGGUUCCUUCUCCUUACAUAAAUCCGGUAUUAUCCUCUUAUGGAGCACCAUCCUCCGCGUCAGUAGCGGACCCAGCAGCUGCAUCUGGUUUGUAUGCGGCAACAGACACAGCUCCAGAUGUUUAUGGUUCAAAAUUAAAUAGCUCUCCGGCACCCGCCGCCACUGGUUAUCCUUCUGCUUCUGCUUCUUAUGCCGCUCCAGAGCCAAUUCCAGCACUACAGCCUGCGUCAUACUCAGCUCGGAAUCAAGUUUAUGGCACACCAGCUUCUGCCACCUAUCCUACCGAUCAAGGUCCAACACCAGCUUCAUUUUCAUAUGCAGUUCCUACAUCAUCUUCUCUUUACCAUGCACCGGAACCAGCACCUGGUUCAGGGGUUGCAUCUCCAUCUUACUCCUCUUCAAAUCAAAAUGCGGAAACGGUGCCAUCUAGUUACUCAAAGCCUCUGCCAUCCUCAUACGAUGGUAUAAACUCAGCACAAAUAACACAAACAGCACUUGUACCUGCUUCCUAUGCGGCGACAGAAACAGCUUAUCAAAGUCAAAGUUCGGUAUCAGUUACAAAUUCAUAUGGCGCUCCAACACCCGACGUCGCUGGUUAUCCUGUUGCAAAGGCGAGAUCAGGACAACCUCCAGCCCAUUAUUCAGCACCGCCUAUUGCUCCAAGUCCCACUUUCCCACCCUGGCUAAAUUCGAAAACAAAUGCCUUAGCUGAAUUCGCAGCAGCAACAAAUAUUGCGAAAUUCGUCCAAGGUCUGCGUUGGCCAUUUGGGCCAAUUUAUUACCAACCAAAUUAUGUUCACAUCAUACAUUAUGAUGAUUAA